GCAGCCGCUUCUCUGUUUUCUCUCCCGCGCUCCAGUCUCUCCGCACGCAGCUGUCCCGCGGGAAUCAUGGCAGUUUAGCGGUUUGCAGCGGCAACAAUCGCAGCGGCGAAUCCGGCAGUGCAGCGGUCAAGUGCACUGGCUCUAUUUGGCAAAAUGGCGUCCCUUGUGGCAUCCACCCACAGCUCUGCUGCUGUAGACAGCAUAUCCGUACCGUUCACCAGCUCUCCAGAACCCCUGUCCCACUCCGCUUCGCCUCUGACCGUCUGCCAUGUCUGUGGUGUCUCAGAUGAGUCUGGAGGACGUGGGGGCCCUGUUCCUGGGGCCCUCGUCUCUGAUGGCUGACCCCUUUGGGCCCCUUCUGGACGAAGAUGAGGAGAGCGCUCUGUCAGAGGGGUCGUCGUCGCCCCUCUCCUCCUCCUACACUGAAUCUUCCUCCUCUUUCUCUCUCCUCUCUCCCUCUCGUCCCGCUUCUGUAGGGUGUAAGUCAGAGCUGCUGUCGCUCUCCUGGCUCACUGCGCAAACGGAGCCCGAGCAGAGCAAAGCAGGCGAUGCGUUUUCUGGCAUGGAUUGGAUGACGGAGAAGUUAGACCUGAAUGACUUUGACCUGGAUUCUCUCAUCGGAUCAUGCGAUUCAGACGAGCCUCCCAGUUCUCCAGAAGAGCUGCUGGCCUGUCUGGACACCGACAUGGAUCUGGACCUGGAUUCGCUCCCGUUCGGCUCGUCAGAGCUGGGCCUGGCUCUGCCCCCGCUGCCCCUCGACCUUCAGGAGCCUGUAGAGGUCAAGUCCGAGCCUCUGUCUCCGGAUCCCACCAACACGCUGGAGCUGGGCAGCGAGGUGUCUGUGCUCCAGACCACAGAAAUCAUGCUGACUCCAUCCCACAUCGUGCUGCUGCUGGCUCCCAAAGAGGAUCCGUCAGACAGCGACAGCGGGAUCUCCGUCUCCGGAUCCGAUCCCGAACCGGAACCCUCGCCGAAGCCCGCAGGCUCCUCCAGAACCAAACCCUACUCCAGACCCGACCCGGAUGCCGUGAAAGCUACGCCUGGCGCUCCCAAAGUGGUGGAGAAGAAGCUGAAGAAGAUGGAGCAGAACAAAACCGCAGCGACGCGCUACCGGCAGAAGAAACGCUCCGAGCAGGAGACGCUGAACUCCGAGUGCACUGAUCUGGAGAACAGAAACCAGCAGCUCCGGGAGAAAGCCGAGGCCAUCAGCCGAGAGAUCCGCUACCUGAAAGAUCUCAUGGAGGAGGUUCGGUCUGCGAAGGACCGCAGGAGCAAAGCCAAAGCCCAGGAUGCUGUCAGCUCUGGUUAGGGUUAGAUGCUUCCCCUGGUGUUUCUGAUCCGCUGGAGAUGGUCUGCACUAAACUCAUUUAAACUCGCUCAUUCUCUCACAUUCGCUCAAGUUAUUUAUCGUCCAGUAAGGGGCUCAUCAGUCAGAGUUGUUACACUGAAUCUGUUGCUGUAGAGCUUGUAAAUAGGCUUCACAUGUGCUAUUUAAACUGGCUAAACGUGCUAGAUCUGUCACGGUGUAGUGUGUUGGCUGUAAAAUCACUUUGCUGUUUUCUAUUAAAGACGCCAUCAAACUCA